AUGGCGAGUAUAAAUAAAGAAAACGGAAUAGGGUCGCUGCCCGGGGGCCGCCGGGGCACGUCUACAACUGGCGGUAGGCGUGACAGAAUGCAAGCCAGCCGACCGGCCACACCACCUGGCCGGUCCGACCCCUUGCCAUCGACAUCAGCUGGCUUGGCACCGGCAGGGCCGUCACAGGCCCAGCAAUCGGCGCCCGCCACUGGUGGUACACGUCGCAUGAGAUGGUCGAGAGCCAUGAAUGAAGACCUCAUGCGAGCGUUCUACAGGGCUACAGGGACGGAAACAGGCAGAACAGGAUACAGGGCAGUAAUGCACCGCGAGUUUCUGCGUCUUUUACCGGAGCUAAUCGUCUCGGAACAGAACCUAGCCGAUAGAGUUCGGUACAUACAGCGCUCUGGUAUGUUUAGCGCGACCGAACUCGAACGAUUGCGAAGUGAAGUUGUUCCAGAAGCAGACCCCACGACCGUGGAGCAACCCAUCUCAGACGUGCUACCUAACGUAGAGAUGGUUGCCGAAAGGCCUUCAGAAGCGGAUGCGGACGGAACAACUUCCCAGGAUAUAGAGCAUAUGAGGAGCAUACUAGAAGGGGCGAUUCUAGAGAUCCGAAGAACUCCCCUUGAAGAGAGACCGAAGCUUCCCCGGCUACAUCCAAAUGUGGCGACGCGGGAUGCCAUUGAGGCCGCAAAUGGACUGCUGCCUCAAUACCUUGAGGGCAGCAGUGACCUGGGAGAGACGAGUUCAAUCCUCUUUGCCGCUGCAUUGGCAGUAUGCCGAUAUACUAGCGCAAAAAUGCCCCGGGCUGGACGUAAUAUCCAAAGGGAUAAUGCGAAACCAGCCUGGAAAAGAAGGAUUGAGCGACGGAUCACCCAGGCCAGGGUCCUCAUUGGCAGACUGCUCUGCUUCAGGGAGGGCAAUACACGCCCGAGAAUUAUGCGCUCCGUAAAAAAGGCCUUUGCUGGGACAGGUGUACGUCUGUUCCAGCCGGACUUCGGACAAAAACUUACGGAGCGUAUAGACGACCUGAAGCAAAAGGUCGCUGCAUGGGGGAAGCGACUCCGACGGUACUCUGAGAGGGUCGAGAGGUAUCAACAGAAUCGUCUCUUUAUGAGUGAUCAACGGAAGUUUUAUAGAAACUUGGAGCGCCCAAAACUACAGCCCACAGGACAAAGACCCGAAACAGCCAAUUUCGUCGCCUUCUGGUGA